UCCGCGAAAAUGCCCGCGGCGCCGCGGGGACUGGAGCGGGGGAAGUUCCCGCCAGCGCGCAAAGCCGGGGUGGGUUUAACACCCGCGGCGGCUCGCGCGCGCGGGCAGGGAGCGGAGCCGGGCCCGUUUCCGGGGAGCCGGAGGUGGGUGGGGGGCGCGGGCGACCUGGGCCUAGCGAGGGAGCCGACACUCCGAGGAUGGGGAGCGAGCCCAGCGGAUGCUUUCAACUUUCUUUCCAGUCGCUUGUUCUUUGGGGUCUUUUCUAACUACGAAACUCCUUUGCUCGCCGCUAAACUCAAUCAACCUGAGUAAGGCGCGCUGCGUAAUUAAUCCGCAGCCCAGCCACGGCGAUAAAACACCAAUUAAAGAAAACAAACCAAGAGAGAAAACUAAAAACACAAAAACCAUGUUGUGGAGACCGACAACCGUCUGGCCUCGUUAAGUGAAUCAGCGCCACUUCGCCGCAGCUGCCAACGGGGCCGUGUGGGCGCGCUGAACGGCUCCCCGGCCGGGCCCUCGGCCCUCCGGCCCCCUCGCGGCCGAAUCCCAUCCACGCCGGGAAAGCAGAGUCCCGGCCGCGGGCGGCCGUGCAGGGCCUGGGGUCGCCUGGCCGAUCCGGCCCCGGUCUCCGGAGCCUCGCGGCGGCCGAUUCAUCUCGAUGGCUCGCGGGGCGCCUCCCUCCGGCAGGUCUCCGGUCCCGGGCUGCUCGGGGCUCAGAAAGCUGCCCGAGUCCUCCCCAGGCCGGCAGGCCUCCUCUUCUCCACCUCCUCGGUCCCUGGACCGCGGCCGCCCCUGGCGAGGCCGUUCACUGCAGCCCCAAAGCAGGCGGCCACACAACCCUCCGUGUGCGCAAAGCCGCAGGGCCGCGGUCCGCACCGGGGCGGGGCCUGGGGGCGAGCGUGGGAGCGUGUGCGUGUGUUCGUGUGUGUGCGUGGAUGCGGAUGCGCGGGGAACGCCGGGUGGCAGCGGCGGCGGUGGACUCUCCACCCCGGCUACGUACAGUAGCGCGCGGCGGCAGCGGGGGCGCGCGGGCCAAUUCCAGGAGCCCGCGGCCGCGAGCCGCGCCCUGGCUGAUACCGGAAAGGCCUGUGAUUGGCCAGCGGCCGCCCCUAUGCAAACGAGCUGAGGGAAUGGAAUUCCUCGGGCCGGGCUUACAGUAAAAGCACGUUCAUUUCCAGGCACUCUCAUUCAUAGAGCCAGCGGGCGCAGGCAGGACGGGCGCCCCGCGGCCUGACCCAGCCAGGGCACCACGCUGCCCGGCCCUGCGCCGGCAGGCACCUCUUCCCGGGGCUCCUGGGGACACGAGAAGAAAGUCAGUCUUUGCCGUUUCUCCUUGACCCGCGUCGGAGCUUCGAUUUUUAUUUUUCUUCUUUCUUUCUUACUUUUGAAUGAACUGGUUUCUUGGCUGGAUGGUUCAACUUCUUUCCUGGGUGUGAACUUUCACCCGGUUGUUUCCUUUGGCAACUGCUGGAGAAAGUGCGCUGUGCUUCGAGGCGAGUGGUGAAGUUGCGUGUGCGUGGCAGUGUGUGCGUGCUUGUGUAACUCGAGCCGCCCCGUCUGUUUCGAUCUGCGCUGCGGAGCCUCCUCACAAGGCCCGCUCCACCUGCUGCGGUUACGCUGUGAUCGUGGGUAUUGGCGCGUCUGAGUAGUUAACCGGCCGACGCUGGGGCGACGUUGGAGGAAGAUCGUCUCGCUACUGCCCAAGUCGGGGCUGACUCACCGCAGUCGAUGCAGACAGCGGCUGGCUUCCGAAGAGUGCGUGCCUGCGUGCGUGUGACUCGGCUGCUGUUCACCUCCCACCAAACCACAGGACCAGCCGCAAACUUGACCAACAUCCCCAAACCCGAGUUCUCAGAUGUGGAGAGCUGAACUCUAGGUGUCAUUGACUUGGACUUUUUUUUUUUUUAAGAUUAGCUUUUCUUUGAAAAGCUGAAUUUUCUGAACUGAGCAUUUUGCUAGAAUUUAUUGAGAACAUGACAAGUACUUCUCGCCCAGCCCUUCUCCAACUACUGAAGCUGAGUUUCAAGGCUACUUAAAAAGAAAAAAAAAAAAAAAAAACCUGCAGCGAACAUUAAUGGAUUUCUGUUGUGUUUAAAUUCUCUACAGAUUGUAUUGUAAAUAUGUUAUGAAGUAGAGCAUAUGUAUAUAUUUAUAUAUAUAUAUGUGCACAUACAUUAGAAGCAGGACCUUUGGAAGUCUCAGCUCUUGCUUUUGAGGACCGAAGCCAGUGUUGCAUGAUAAAAAGUGGCGCCGUAUUUGGAAGACACUCCUCGUGUAUUUUCUGUUGUGUUGGACUUUAGACAAAACUCACCUGGGAAAAAUCUGACAGGCAAUUGACUACUGGAACUUCCAAAUUAUGUAUUUGCUGGUCCUUUUGCUCUCCGCAUAAAUAUUUUAGGAAGUGUAUGGGAAUUUUGCCUCUGGGAACUUUGGUAACAGCCAAAGACUGAACUUAAAACUCUCAAAGCAAGACUCAGAAGACGAUAGUCUCCCUUGGCACUUGACUUUGGAUUCUGGUCGCCCACUUUUUAAAGCACUGAGCGGUCGGUUGCUAAAGAGUCCUGCGUGGGUCUGAGGCCGAUCGGCAAAACUAGAAUUUUCCCCCUCCUGGACUCUUAGUAACUUAGUCUGCCCUCUUCCCCAGCCACCCCACAGCAAUAAAGCUCCCUGAACUUGUA